GUCCCCAUCUACUACCCCACUCCACUUGGGCUAGAAUGCGCCGGUGGCGUCUUCCUCACUUUUCUUCUUCUUCAUCUCCAUAUCCCAAACUGUCAGUUUUUCCGUUACUACUCCAAAUAUGAGCGCAGAAUAAGUUCUCCAUAAAUAAAUAAAUAAAUAAAAAAUACUAAAUAAAAGCCAAGAAUCCACAACCAACACCACCUCAACAGCGCACAUUCACCAUGCCACCAACGUCAGCAACGCCGCGCUCCGGCGACACGUGGCGCGAACCCAUUCUCUAGCUGGUGGGAAUUCGAAUUUGGUUCCUCCUAACUGAAUGGGAUACGGGAGAUUCCCCGCUCUUUCGAAUAAAAUUACGAAUUGGUGGGCGAGGGCUGAGCAGAGAACGAAUUUUGAGGUGAAUCUCUAUAUUUAAUGCCUCUGUUGGAGUGUCUGCAGAAACAAGGCGUAUCGGGUUCGAUUCGUGGGUUGCAAUUAGUCCUGCCGCUUGAUAUUCCUCGGCUUACUGGGAAAUGGCUAUAUAAUUCGAAGAUGCGUAUCGCCAAAGGGCGCUCACUUUCACUUUGCGUCUCCUUGUUUUCCUCGCCCUCCCCAUCCACCUCCUCAACCUCACUUUCUUCGAGAAUUUUGCAUUUUCAUUCCCGGUGUUUUUCUUCGUCGAUCUCUGAUCAGGUUCCGGGUAGAAGGAAGGUGGAUUGCAGCAGAGAUUCAAGCGAUAAUCAACUUUACACCAGUAAUAUUAUGGAUAGCAAAACAAUGCAGUUCGAGAAGACUAGCUCCAGUGAGGGUGAUAAAAGUCUGUGUGUAUGGUCAUCUCCAGAAGGAGGACGAAAGAUUGAUAUAGGAAAACAAAUCUUCUGCAAUAGAUCUCUAAACAUGAGGAACAUUGUUGCCGUUGGAUUUGAUAUGGAUUAUACUUUGGCACAAUACAAACCAGAGACGUUUGAAUCGCUUGCCUAUGAAGGGACCGUCAAAAAGCUGGUUAAUGAUUUGGGGUACCCUAUAGAGUUGCUGGAAUGGUCGUUUGACUGGACUUACAUGGUCAGAGGACUAGUUCUAGAUAAAAAGAGAGGCAAUAUAUUGAAGAUGGAUCGGCACAAGUAUGUAAAGGUGGCUUAUCAUGGAUUCAGAGAGCUGUCCAAGGAAGAUAAAGUUGCCACAUAUGGGAGUACAUUGAUCCGUGAUUCAUUCGAUGAGCCUGAAUAUGCUCUAAUUGAUACCCUUUUCUCUCUGGCUGAAGCUUACUUAUUUGCACAACUGGUUGACUUCAAGGACAACAAUCCAGGAAAAAUUCCAGCAGACUACUCUCGUAUGUAUAAAGAUGUCCGAGCUGCAGUUGAUUUGUGCCAUCGUGAUGGGACAUUAAAGAAGAUGGUUGCAAAAGAUCCUAAAAGAUACAUCAAUGAGGAUGCCUCAAUUGUUCCCAUGCUAAAGAUGCUUAGAGAUUCUGGCCGGGCUACAUUUUUGGUGACUAACAGCCUAUGGGACUAUACGAAUAUCGUAAUGAACUUCCUAUGUGGACCAAGAGAAGUGGAUGGUUGCUCCGCUCUGAGCUUUGAUUGGCUCAAGUAUUUCGAUAUUGUUAUUACUGGCAGUGCUAAACCAAGUUUUUUCCAUGAUGAAAACCGUGCCAAUCUUUUUGAAGUUGAUCCUGAGUCGGGUAUGCUUCUUAAUACAGAUAAUGGAACUCCUAUGCCUCGGGUAGAUUCUUCUCUAAGGUUGCCAUUGAAGAGCCUAGACAAAAGUUGCCAAGUUUUCCAGGGAGGAAAUGUUGGUCAUCUGCAUAAAUUGCUGUCUAUAGAAUCCAGCUCCCAGGUGCUUUAUGUUGGAGAUCACAUAUAUGGAGAUAUUUUGCGCAGUAAAAAAGUUCUAGGUUGGAGAACAAUGCUUGUUGUUCCGGAGCUUGAGAACGAAGUUGAACUUCUCUGGACAUUAAGGGAUACCCGGAAGAAACUUCAAUUAUUGAGGAAUGAGCGUGACCAUAUUGAAGACGAAAUACAUCAUCUGAAAUGGUAUCUCAGGUUUGAUGGUGUGAAUGUUGUGAACAAGGAAGAGCUACUUGCCGAGCUUGCCAAAUUGCAGCGGCUUAGUCACCAAGAAGCACAGCGAGAAUGCCAUCAAAAGUUCCACAAGGUAUGGGGACAGCUGCUGAAAACUGGCUAUCAAAAUUCUCGAUUUGCACAUCAGGUGGAAAGAUUUGCUUGCCUUUAUACCAGUCAAGUAACGAAUUUGAGUCUCUAUUCCCCUGACAAAUACUACCGACCAAGUGAAGAUUUCAUGCCCCAUGAAUUUGAUAUCCUUGCUUUAUGAAAAUAUAUCAUAUGUCUGCUAUGUUGUGCCAUUUUGAGGGAGCAUAUAGGUUUUGAUGUUCUUCAUUCUGGAAGCAUGAAUGUAGUUGUAUGUUAGUGUCCAUCGUAGAAUUUCUCCCUUUGGAAAUGUACAUUUUAUCAUAUAUGAAAUGCAGUUUGAGGUUACAGCCUCUCUCUCUCUCUC